UAAGUGGUAAUGAAUAUUUAUAAACAAUUUUUUUUUGUUAUCAAAGUUUCAUUACAAUGGUAAUGAUAUGAAAAUUUUGAUGAAAUUUUAUACUAUAAAUUAUUUUAAUUAUUACCUUUUAGUAUCACUAACCAAACGAGCCAUUAAUCUUUUUCUAUUUGCCUUUAUGAGCAUAUAAAAGAGGUCCCACCUAAUAAGCUUGUUUGCCACAUAAUUUGAAAAUUGCAUGUCAAAUGAAAAAAAGUCAACAACUAUCAAAAUACACUCAAACCUUAGCCACAAGUUGCAACCAAACAAAGAAAAAUAAUUGAUCCAAGAUGAGCUAAUAGAAGUGUUAAAGAAAGAAUGACUUAAGUAUAUAAAGAUCCCUCUUCUUUCUUCACAAAUUGUGUUCUCAAAUAUAUCCUUCCAUUUCAUCAACUAAUUGAUUGCCUCAUCUUCAUCAACUAAUAGAUUAAGCAAAUUGUUGAUAGCUGGUAACUGAUAUCCAAUUACAGUGGGUGACUUUGACUAAUAUUAACUUGUUUCACCAGCUGAUUUUGAACCAACUAGUAUGAGCAGCUUGUUCACAAACAACUCAUUUAUAAUAAUGAGUUGUUUUAACUAGCUAGUUUACCAAACAUUAGUAUUGAUUGUUUUGACCACCCAACCCUUUAUUUGUAUCAAAAUAAGCUAAAAUUGUCCAAUAAACUAUUUUACCAAACACCCAUGUAUAUUUCCUAAAAUAAAUUUUAAUAAUAAGUUGCUCAUAUUAUGACAGGAACCUAAGUAGGUGGUGAUAAUCGAACCUAAAUGGAAGUAAAAUUAGUAUCAAGAGAAACAAUAAAACCAUCCUCACCAACACCAUUACAUCUCCAAACCUUCACACUAUCAUAUGUAGACCAAUUCUUCCCAGCCUUCCACAUACCAAUCCUUCUUUGCUACCCCAAAACAAUUGGAACACCCAUUAAUACAAAUCUUCUAAAAACCUCACUUGCUACUACACUUACCAAAUUUUACCCUCUUGCUGGUCGUUGUAUAGACAAUUCAACUAUUCUUUGUAAUGACCAUGGAAUACCCUUUAUUGAAACUCAUGUAAAUUGCCCUAUUUCUACUCUUUUUAACAGCCCUAAUAAACUUAACUUGCUCCACAAGUUACUCCCUCCACAAGAUAUAUCUUCCCUAGGGCAAAAUCUUUGUGAUUUAGUCCCUUUAGCAUUUCAAAUUAAUAUUUUCCAAUGUGGUGGAUUUGUCUUGGGUUGUUAUAUGCUCCAUAAAUUCCUUGAUGGAACUUCCUUAGGGACUUUUUUGAAAUAUUGGGCUUUCUUAGCUAACAAGAAAUGUGACGAUCAAGAUGGCUCUGGAUCUGGGUUUGGGCCGGAUUUUGAGUCAACUGCUAAGGCCUUUGUUCCAACAAGUUUGGAUCUUAAGCCCAUUUUAUUUCAACCCAAAAUAGAAAGUAAAUCAAUUGAAAUUAGGGCAAGAAGUUUCAUAUUUAGCAAUGCUUCUUUAAGUGUCCUAAAAAAUAAAGGUACAAGUGAUUUUGUACUUAAACCUACAAGAUUUGAAGCACUGGCUGCAUUUAUUUGGAAUAAAUUAUGGAGUUCAAGAUCCGGGUCAAGUAGUCUUAUGUUUACUGUGGAUAUGCGGGCCAGGACUAAUCCGCCCCUUCCAAAAGGAUCCAUGGGUAAUCUUUUUAUGAGUAUGCAAGCCCAUGCUAAGGAUGGAUCCGGGUUGCCGGGUCUUCUUAAGGAGAUCCAUUCAACUAUUUUGAAUAUUAAGAAUGAAGUUGCAAUUUAUCAAGGGGAAAAUGGUGUGGAGGCUUUCUAUACAAAGACAGAAUCUGAAGUUAAUGAUAUGAUAAGUUAUAAGACAAAUUUGUUUAUGGUUACUAGUUGGUGUAAUCUUGGACUUAAGGAAGUUGAUUUUGGGUUUGGUAAGCCAAAAUGGAUAGUACCAUUUGAUGGUAGGACACCACCUUCAAAAAAUUUUAUUAUUUUUACUGAUCAUAUUGAUUCAUAUGAUAAUGAAGGAAUUGAAGCAUGGUUGUUCUUAGAGGAACACGAUAUGGAGGAUCUGUUGAACGAUUCUGAGUUUUUUGCUUUUGCUUGCCCUAAUUAGACGUACUAAGAUUUAUAACCAAAAAUAAUAAAUAUAUGUAAUAAGAUUGCAUUGAACUAUAUCGUUCUUAUAUAUUAGUAAGUAAGAUUUAGAGUUUCUUGCUUUUGAUUGCACUAAUUAGACAUAUUACGAUAUAUAAUUGAAAAUAAUAAAUAUAUGUGGUAAGCUUGUAUAAUUGAAAAUAAUAAAUAUAUGUAGUAAGAUUGUAUACUAAA